CUCCAGUACUCCGUAUACGUAUGUAUACACUACAUCUUAAUUUAUGUACAUACGAAGCAUGAUAAAGACUACAAUGCGGGGGUGUUUGUGAAAUAGAAAACAGCUUAAUUUUUAAAAUUUGCGAAAUAGAAGUCAGCGAUGGAUACUUUAGAAUUGGAUUAUGCCAAAAUGCUUCGUUACAUAGGCUUAGUCGUAUCAGACGAUUGCCUAGAUUCGGAAAUGAUAGAUGGUGUACCGAUACGAAAAUUGUUCGUCAGUAAUUUGGCUGAAAGGACAACUUUCAAGGAUUUACGCAAUCACUUUUCUAUGUAUGGAAACGUUGAGAGUUGUUACCUACGUAGAAUUCAAGGGAAAAGUAAUUACGCGUUCGUUACGUUUACUAAAGUGGCAGAUGCAAUAACAGCGAUGCAAGACGGCAGUAGGAAACAAAUAAGAUUGCACAAUAGAGAUUUAAGAGUGAUGGCUGCAGAUUCUUGGCAUCAACCUGACAGUAUGGAACAAAGAUUAUAUAAUGUGGGAAAAGAUUUGAAUAAAACUUCUGAAAGAAAGGCUACCAUGGAACAAUAUGAUCAGAAAUAUCUGCAAAACGAUAACGAAAGUGUAUCCAUCCAUAUAUUGAAUGAUGAUUGCUUGAGACAUAUCUUCCUAUUUUUGCCAAUUGUAGAAAGAGUUCGUAUAGAGAUAGUUUGCAAACGCUGGAGAGAUUUAAGCCAAGAUUCCUGGCAUAUGAUUAAGACAUUGGAUAUCUCACCUACUACAUGGGGUUUUUCAUACACCCAUAUGAUUUCUACAGCUUUACUUCGUAAAAUAUUGCUGAAAUGUGGCAAAUUCUUAACGCGAUUAGACAUAGAUGAGCCACUUCAUUAUUUAAGUCAAAGCACGUUGACUAUUAUUGGAAAACUUUGCCCUAAUCUUACGCGCAUUAAUAUUACUGCACUGACAGUUUGCGCGUCAGGUAUACGUACAUUAGCAAAUAAUUGUAAAAAUAUAACCAAGUUUUGUUUAGGACCAUCUACCUACAGUUGUGAUAACGAAUUGAAGUGUCUCUUUAAACUAAAUCAAAACUUGGAAUGCCUUUUAAUAACCAGAAAUAAUAUUUUGGGCAAAUCUUUAUUAUACUUGCCAGAGCAAAGUAUGCAUACAGUUACAUUAGACCGCUGCGACUAUCUCCAGGACAAUCAUCUUGCAGAGGCACUGAAGAAACUAGAAAAUUUAACACAUCUCGCAAUAAUCGAAUGUAUCGGCAUAGCUAAGCAUACGUUGGAAGUUGUUGGUCAGCAUUGUAAAAAUCUAAGAGUAUUGGAGCUUAAUGGAGACUUUCCCUCCGCACAAACGGCAGAUAUAUUAUAUUUAAUUCACCUCGUCAAUCUGCAGGAUUUAAAAAUUACGUACAAUCCUAAAGUAUCAGACGAUUUCUUUACUGAUUUAGUACAACAUUGUCAGCAACUUACUAACGUAGACAUUACAGGUUGCUGCAACGUGAGCGAUGUUGGAUUAGCAGCUAUCGCUACGUUAGUAAAAUUAGAAAAAUUGAUUGUCAGUUAUAUUCAUCAAAUUACUGACGAAGGUUUAAAAAAUAUGUGUGGUUUAAAAGAAUUGGAGUGCCGAAGAUGUCCACUUAGUGAUCGAGGCAUAACAAUGCUCAUCAAAUCCUCGCCUCAAUUACAAUUGUUAGAUCUCUCUGGAUGUAGAUAUAUCAAGGGUACUAUUCUCGAAGUUGCUAAAGAUGCUUGUAGCAGUCGGACUAAUAAUGUGAUGUUGAAGAUGAUUAUUGGAGGAACAGCAAUUUUCGACCGCUUUGAUCUAGAGAGACUACCUCCGCUAUUGCACAUAGUUAAUGUCGAUUUGUCUAACCUUAGUAAUGUGUCUACUACGUUUCUCAAUGAAGACAACUUGGAAUCUUGGUACAAUCGAGAUAAUAUAGAUUUUGAUACAGAUUAUUCCUAUACAGAUUAUUCCAAUACAGAUUCCGAUACGGAACUUUAUUAACUUCUACAGAUCAAUCCGACUAGAUGAAAUAUUCAGAAGAUAAUUACAGAGAACCUAACGAAUUAGAUCAUUAUUUGUAUAACAAUUCAGAUUCUUAAAACUCUGCAUCACAGUUUUGCUAUCGUUUAAUCGAUUUUUUCUUUAUUUUUUCUUUAAAGACAAUUAGUCUUUAUCAUUGUUGAGAUUGAGCUAAGAUUUCGCAUGUUUGUUAAAAAACGA